AGAAAGCGCAAAGCAUUCUGGGACUUUUAGUUCUAAGUAAGCAUCGGUUGGCUUGAAAACACGCCGAAGAACAAAAAGAGACAAAGAAAAUCGUACGUCUCUGUUGAAUUCGACGAGGGAAGAUGCCCGGGUUCACCUGCUGUGUCCCCGGCUGCUACAACAAUUCGCACCGGGACAAGGACCUGCGCUUCUACACGUUCCCUAAGGACCCAGUUCUAAGAGAGCAGUGGCUGCGGAACAUUUCCCGGGCCGGGGUCAGCGGCUGCUUCAGCACUUUCCAGCCCACCACGGGCCACCGCGUCUGUAGCGUGCACUUUUCUGGCGGAAGAAAGACCUACACGGUCCGGGUACCGACCCUCUUCCCUCUGCGGGGCGUCAAUGAGCGCAGGAGUCGGAGGGGCAGAGGGAGGAAGUUGUCUGCCUCGGUUCCUGCCCCCGGGAUCGUCGCUACCAGCGUCCUGGGAAACACCGCUGGCGUCGCCGAGGGGACUAUCGGCGGAGAGGCUGGUGACGACAGCAUUACGGUGGUUCAGAUAGGCAACAAUGGGGAGUACCUGGGCACGGCGCGGCUUCCCGCCCAGGCAGAGGGCACCGGUAACUACGCUCCGGAGGCUUUAGUGGAGCUCAAAGUAGAAGACUUAUCGGCGGAGCCCGGGUCUAACCAACAGCAGCUGUCCGUUCACUAUCUGAGUGUGACCAGCAGCCCCCUGGACCACUCCUACUCCCUGACCACCGGCACCACGUCUGCGGAGUUGCUGCGGAAACUGAACGAGCAACGGGACAUCAUCGCGCUGAUGGAGGUGAAGAUGAAGGAGAUGAAGGCAACAAUCCGCCAGCUGAGAGUCGCUGAAGCCAAGCUGCAGGAGGAGGUGCGGGAGCGGGACCGGUUACUGUCCAACAACUCUGCGUCUGGGAACGUCCGGAAGAAAAACUGAUGAGGAAUUGACUGAAGUUACAUCCACCGACAGGUUGAGGAGGAGUCCGAAGAAUAAUCCCGCUCAGUUUUAUAUUAAACUGAAACUACGAUCACAGUUUGUAUUUAGCCUGUAGAUCUGUUUUUCCUAGGCUUCAUAAUAUAAACAGUCUGCUUGUUUUUUGUAGCAGAUAGAUCGACCAUCAUCAGCAUACCCAUUUCCCCCCUCAUCACAGACUAAUUAGCUUGCACAGACUCAAUAGUAUGUAAGCUCGAUCCUGAUGUUGCAUCAUAAGGGUUUAUUUGUGUCCAUGCCUUUCAGCUUAUAGAAGGAGCCUGACCCAAGAAGCAACUCGUGAUUUAACAUGAAGAGCAGCAAGAUGAAGAAAACACUACUCCUGACCAGCCUUUUCAUCAUUUAAAUGCCCUCAUCACAGAUGCCUUUUAUGUAUUCUAUGUUAAUUUAAUUUUCUUUAUUUUGAAAGUGUUUGUGCAAGUAAAGAAACUCCUUAAAACUA